CCGACUGACAAUCGAUAAGUUGCGAUUCACCUGUAAGCGUUUAAACGUUUUUAUCGCUAUCGAUAGGAAUGUGUGAUUUUGAAUUUCUAAUCUUCGAAAAUAUUUGCGCAGUCUACUUGAGAAAAGCAUUUCCGGGAAAUGAAAAUAAGGCUGUGAGAAUACUAUAAGCAACUGAAAUCAUCAUGGCUUGGGUUCCCACAUCACGAUUCGAGCACGAUCUGGUGCAGUUGGAGCCGCACUUUAAUCUGGUCCAUGGACAGAUCGCCUAUGAACUGAGGAAGAAAGAGGAAUUCUCAGAAUCCGUUCCCAUUCAUACCUAUGAGCUUUUGACAGCCCGCGAGGAUCUGCUUGGAUAUGGCACGCGGGGUGGAAAGGGCCGAGAGAUUCGUCAAAGUCUGCAAAUGAUGGAGACGAUUCAGAGAGUAGCUGGCACCAAGCCGCUGGGAGAGCACGCCACAAUGGAGGACUGGGAGGACACCACAAUGGUGGACGUGGAGGCGAUUGCCAUCAUCCGGAACUUCGGAAGAAUGACCCUGAAACAGGACUCACUGACACUCCAGCCGCAGAUCAGCUUACCUGCGGUUGCUCCAAAUGAAAGCCAGCGAUUUCCUUUAAUCACAGAUCGCGACUUCUUCACGCCACGAAAGAUUCGUAGACCAAAGGAUCUUCCGCCAGUGGAGAACAGUCCGGAUAACUCAGCCGAUGACUCAUUUCACACCGCUAAAAGUCUGAGCAACUGCAUCUGGCUGAACGGAUUAAAAUAUCCAGAUAAGACCAGCAAGGGCGAAAUUCAGAAUACAUAGAUACUUCAUUAAAUUACUAACUAACAAACCUUGAAAAUAACUUGAAGAUUUAUUUUACUAAAUCCGAUUGAGCAUGUACUCACAUUAUUUGCAAUGAAUAUUGUCGUUCG